GGUGGUGACAUCACCUCCAUCACAGGGCUGGGUGAGGCUUGGGUUGCCCAUCCGGAACCUUCAAGGCCAACCAAGGGGAUGAGGCCUGCACCCACUGUCCCAUCAACAGCCGGACCACUUCAGAAGGGGCCACCAACUGCGUCUGUCGCAAUGGCUACUACCGAGCAGACCUGGACCCCCUGGACAUGCCCUGCACAACCAUCCCCUCUGCACCCCAGGCCGUGAUCUCCAGUGUCAAUGAGACCUCACUCAUGCUAGAGUGGACUCCGCCCCGUGACUCGGGAGGCCGUGAGGAUCUCGUCUACAACAUCAUCUGCAAGAGCUGCGGCUCAGGCCGGGGUGCCUGCACCCGCUGUGGGGACAAUGUGCAGUAUGCACCCCGCCAGCUGGGCCUGACUGAGCCACGCAUUUACAUCAGCGACCUGCUGGCUCACACCCAGUACACCUUCGAGAUCCAAGCCGUGAAUGGCGUCACCGACCAGAGCCCCUUCUCACCUCAGUUCGCCUCCGUGAAUAUCACCACCAACCAAGCAGCUCCAUCGGCUGUGUCCAUCAUGCACCAGGUAAGCCGCACCGUGGACGGCAUCACCCUGUCGUGGUCCCAGCCCGACCAACCCAACGGCGUCAUCCUGGACUAUGAGCUGCAGUACUAUGAGAAGGAGCUCAGUGAGUACAACGCCACAGCCAUAAAAAGCCCCACCAACACGGUCACUGUGCAGGGCCUCAAAGCCGGCGCCAUCUAUGUCUUCCAGGUGCGGGCACGCACCGUGGCAGGCUACGGGCGCUACAGCGGCAAGAUGUACUUCCAGACCAUGACAGAAGCCGAGUACCAGACAAGCAUCCAGGAGAAGCUGCCACUCAUCAUCGGCUCCUCGGCGGCUGGCCUGGUCUUCCUCAUUGCCGUGGUUGUCAUCAUUAUCGUGUGUAACAGACGGGGGUUUGAGCGCGCUGACUCGGAGUACACGGACAAGCUGCAGCACUACACCAGCGGCCACAUGACCCCAGGCAUGAAGAUCUACAUCGACCCUUUCACCUACGAGGACCCCAAUGAGGCAGUGCGGGAGUUUGCCAAGGAAAUUGACAUCUCUUGUGUCAAAAUUGAGCAGGUGAUCGGAGCAGGGGAGUUUGGUGAAGUGUGCAGCGGCCACCUGAAACUGCCAGGCAAGAGAGAGAUCUUUGUAGCCAUCAAGACGCUCAAGUCGGGCUAUACUGAGAAGCAACGCCGGGACUUCCUGAGCGAGGCCUCCAUCAUGGGCCAGUUUGACCACCCCAACGUCAUCCACCUGGAAGGUGUUGUCACCAAGAGCACGCCCGUGAUGAUCAUCACUGAGUUCAUGGAGAACGGCUCCCUGGACUCCUUCCUCCGGCAAAAUGAUGGGCAGUUCACAGUCAUCCAGCUGGUGGGCAUGCUACGGGGCAUCGCGGCCGGCAUGAAGUACCUGGCAGACAUGAACUACGUCCACCGCGACCUGGCCGCCCGCAAUAUCCUCGUCAACAGCAACCUGGUCUGCAAGGUGUCUGACUUUGGGCUUUCACGCUUUCUGGAGGACGAUACCUCAGACCCCACCUACACCAGCGCCCUGGGCGGGAAGAUCCCCAUCCGCUGGACGGCCCCAGAAGCCAUUCAGUACCGGAAGUUCACCUCGGCCAGCGACGUGUGGAGCUAUGGUAUCGUCAUGUGGGAGGUGAUGUCCUACGGGGAGCGGCCCUACUGGGACAUGACCAAUCAGGACGUAAUUAAUGCCAUAGAGCAGGACUAUCGGCUGCCACCACCCAUGGACUGCCCAAGCGCCUUGCACCAGCUCAUGCUGGACUGCUGGCAGAAGGACCGCAACCACCGGCCCAAGUUCGGCCAGAUUGUCAACACGCUGGACAAGAUGAUCCGCAACCCCAACAGCCUCAAAGCCAUGGCACCCCUCUCCUCCGGAAUCAACCUACCACUGCUGGACCGCACGAUCCCCGACUACACCAGCUUUAACACAGUGGACGAAUGGCUGGAGGCCAUCAAGAUGGGGCAGUACAAGGAGAGCUUCGCCAAUGCCGGCUUCACCUCCUUCGAUGUCGUGUCACAGAUGAUGAUGGAGGACAUUCUCCGGGUUGGGGUCACCUUGGCUGGCCACCAGAAAAAAAUCCUGAACAGUAUCCAGGUGAUGCGGGCACAGAUGAACCAGAUCCAAUCUGUGGAGGUUUGACAUUCGCCUGCCUCAGCUCAUCUCUUCCUCCAGGCCCCGCCCCCUCUGCCCUACGCUGGCCCCCCAGUUCUCUGUCUACUGCAGGGUCAGCCACCUGCCAGGCGGCCACGGGCAACAGGAAGAACCAAGCAGCGCUCCAGCCAUGAGAUAUCACCAAGAACACAUGCAACUCAGAUGAUGGAAAAAAAGGGAAUGGGAACAAAAGAAAACAGAUCCUGGGAGGGGGCGGGAAAUACAAGGCAUAUUUUUUAAAGAGGAUUCUCAUAAGGAAAGCGAUCAUUGUUCUUGGGCGGAAAAAAAAAAAGGGCUUGGGAGAUCCGUGCGAUUUGUCUAAUCGGAGACCAAAAGCAGUUUCUCUCCAACCUCCCUCUGGGAAGGCAAUCUGGCCAGAGCCAAGAAACACUUUCAGGAGAACAAAUGUGAAGGGGAGAGACCGCGGCCACCCUCCUCUCCUGUCCAUGGGCUGCUCUUCCAGGCCUCACUCAACAGCCACGCACCAGGCGGACGGGGCAGGCGGACAGACGGGCAGUCACCGGGAACCACUGUGGGAACAUCCCACUGCCUCUGGGCAAACAGAAGAAUUUUUCUGCCUUUGGAGAAUAUUUUAGAAACUCCAAUGAAAGAGACUUGUUUCUCCUGUGGGCUCAUGGGGCUGAAAGGUGGCUUUUGUCCUCCUGGGUCAGGGAGAACACGAGGACACCAGGAAGGCAAGACUUCCUGAGGCUGGUCACCCCCUGCCCAGGCCUGCAGCUCCAUCUCCAUAUCAUGUGCACAGCCAGCGGCCCCCGGCCCCCCUGGGCACCCACUCCCACCAGCCCCCACCUGGAGGACUGAUGCUACCAUGACUGCCAUCAGCUACGACUGCCACUGAGAAGGGUUGAUCCUGCACCUGGGUUUGUUUACAGCGGACGGGAAGUGGACCAGGGGUAUUUUGGUCAGGGGUGGAUUUGGUUUGGGGGUUUGUUUGUUGGGUUUUUUUUUUAAUGACAAUGAAGUAACACUUUGACAUUUCCUA